AUGGAAAUGGUUCAAGAAUUGCCUAGGAGCCUUGAGGCUGAUAAGCCUAGAUAUCGAAACAGAAAGGGUGACAUAACAACCAAUGUGCUUGGAGUGGUUGCUCCCGAUAUGCAAUUUAUCUAUGUAUUGGCGGGUUGGGUGGGUUCAACGGCGGAUUCUAGGACUCAAGGAAGAGUUAUAACUGCAUGUUGCCUUUUGCAUAAUCACAUUAGAAGAGUGAUGGUUGUGGAUCCUAUUGAUGAGAUAGUAGAUCAAAAUAUGCUUGGAGUAGAUGGUGGGAUGAUCCACCAUAUUGAAACGGGCGAUGCUUGGGGUAGAUGGAGGGAUCAAUUUGCACAAGAAAUAUGGAACUAA